AGAUCAACUCAUUCGAAACAGACUCAAAUUGAAAACCCACGCUCAAAAAGCAAAGAGAGGAAGAAGAGGAAAAGGUAGAGAAGAGAAGAGACAACCCUAAUGGCGACGAGCAAGAGUUACUAUCCCCGACGCAGUUACCGAUUCCUCCCCAGUGACUCACCUCAUUUAGGGCCGGCAACCGAGUCGUCAUCUUUCGAAUUCGACGAAUCAGACUUUUUCAACAACUCAGACCACUCGUCCGAGUUCCCACGCAAACCCACCGUUUCAAGUUCCCGGGUGAAUAAAAAACCCACCAAGCGUGCCGAUUCUACCGGUGGAACGCCCGCAUCGUUGCCGGUCAAUAUACCUGAUUGGUCGAAGAUAUUGAAGGAUGAGUACAGGGACAAUCGGCGGGCGGAUACAGACGACGGUGACUUGCACGGCGAGGGAAGCGUUAGGGUUCCACCGCACGAGUUUUUGGCGAAGACGAGAAUCGCUUCGUUUUCGGUCCACGAAGGUUUGGGGAGGACUUUGAAAGGAGGCGAUCUAACGAGGGUUCGAAAUGCAAUUUGGGAAAAGACUGGGUUCCAAGAUUGAAAAUUAUUAGACCAACAAAUCGUUGAAAAAGAAAAAAAAAUAACAUUUGAGUGAGGAGUUAUAGAUUUUGAAAUGAUUUAUGACAUAAUUUUUAUUUAGUUUUCAUUUUCCCCAACGGAUCAUUUUUAUGCGUGUAAUUUUCUUCUAACUGGGACAUUGUAUUGUAUCCUAAAUUUUAGAGGGAAUCUAAUUGUUUUAAAAUUGUUACUCAUUA